AUUUCUCUCGUACCUUACCUCAACCUACAUUCUUUUACAUCUAGAAGAGGAUCUUUCAGAGGGCUAGAUCUCACAAUCGUUUGUAUCCUACAUUCUACCAUACUCCUCCGUCCACCAGACUCGGCAAGCAACGACAGCGCUGGUUCAUCAGCUGUUCGAUCAAGAAUAUGUUCUUCUCUUUAACCUUCAGCGCCGCCUUGUCGGCCCGCACACUUCUUCCGACCAUCAUCGUACUCUUGGGCAUCUUCGCAACUCUCAGCAUCCCAACCUGUCCAUCAACCCAGUCACCCUACGCACCGGGCUGCUCCACCUGCACCGAAUGCUGCAUCUUCCAAUUCAGCGAAAGCAAUUGCGACCAAAGUCUGCUUUGGGACGGUAUCGUCCGGGACCCAGCGUGUAACACUCUCAUGAUUGGUAUGGACCACGCCUGGAUCUCCGAAUGCACGGGCGCAUUCGUCAGCUGCACCAUGUACAACAGCACGGAUUGUACCGGCGAUUUGUCCAUGACGAUCAACAAUGCCGCCGAUGUGUGUCAUGCCCCAGGGUUUUUCAUCAAGUCUUUUGACUGCGCUACUGAUUGAGGAUGCCCCGAACCAUGAUAAUUUUCAUCCGCAGCAUCCAAACCGAAAUGGUUAACGUGGUGAUACUCGGCAGCCGAGAGUCCAACAUAUUGGACGGCGACCGUGGAGACAAGUGUGGCAAUGAUGGACUGAGGUCGGCAGGAUGAAUUCUCAGCAUGGCAUCUGGUGGUCCAAGUGCUACAGCUGGCAUCAGCAUGAAGUUGGUUAUGAGGU